GUUGCUUUCUUUUCCAAGCUGGUCAUUGAACUUUUGUCCAUUUCGUUUUAUACACAAUCUGUCAGCUGGUGGAGGGGACUGCUUACCAGCAAAACCAUGAAGGCUCAGCUUUUGUGGAUAUGUCUUUCCUUCUUUUCUCUAACUUUUAUCGAAGCAAACGUGUUUCUGUCACAAGAGAGUGCAAGUCAAGUUUUCAGAAGACAUAAGCGUGCCAAUAGCUUUUUUGAAGAGCUAAAACAAGGUAACUUGGAAAGAGAAUGCAAUGAGGAGCAGUGCAGCUAUGAAGAAGCGAGGGAAGUGUUUGAGAAGGAAGAACCAACUAAUGAAUUCUGGAACAAACAUGUAGACGGAGACCAAUGUGAGAAAAAACCUUGUCAAAACAAUGCUGGUUGCAAGGAUGGUAUUGGAGCAUACACCUGCCUCUGCAAUGAAGGCUUUCAGGGGAAAAACUGUGAAAUUGAAAUUCCAAAGCUGUGUGAAACCAACAAUGGGGAUUGUGACCACUUCUGCAAGGUGGAUAAGGACGUCAAGUGUUCAUGUGUUGAGGGGUAUAAACUUGGAGAAGACGGAAAAUCAUGCAUAUCUGAUGCCCAGUUCCCUUGUGGAUUGCUACAGACUUCUAAAACCCGGUCAAUAUUUGAAGUGGUUGAACCGCUUCCAACUAAAGAAUUGGUUUUGCAUCAGAAUAUGAGCCACUCCCUCCAGUCUGCUCCAGAAAGCAAUUUGACAGCAGCAGAGGACAGCACUGACCUGGACCCUACAUAUACACCUGAAAAUGAAAACAUCAGAGUUGUGGGUGGGAAAGAAUGCCCUUUAGGGCAUUGUCCAUGGCAGGCUCUCUUAGUAAACGAGGAUGGUAUGGGAUUCUGUGGAGGAACAAUUCUAAAUAACAGAAUUGUGUUGACUGCUGCACACUGCAUGAACCAAACCAAAUAUUUCACAGUCGUUCUUGGGGAGUUUGACACCCUGAAGGAAGAAGGCCGAGAAAUGACUCACCACGUCGAAAAAGUGCUUAUUCAUAACAGGUACGUCCAAAAAACCUACAACAACGACAUAGCCCUUGUGAAACUGAAGGUUCCAAUAAAGUUCAGCCAGUACAUCAUCCCCGCAUGCCUACCCAACCGAGAGUUUGCCGAGAAAGUCCUUAUGAAUCAGCCAUUUGCUCAAAUCAGCGGCUUCGGGCGCGUUCAUGAGCGAGGAAGACAGUCCACCAAGCUCCAAAAACUGAAUGUCCCGUACGUGGACAGGCACAUCUGCAUCGAGUCCAGUCAGUUCAAGAUCACUGCCAAUAUGUUCUGUGCUGGCUAUGAAAAUGAGGAAAUGGACGCCUGCCAAGGCGAUAGUGGAGGCCCCCAUGUCACGGAUCACAAAGGCACUUGGUUUGUAACAGGAAUUGUCAGCUGGGGAGAGGGGUGUGCCAGGAAAGGAAAAUAUGGCAUCUAUACCCAAGUCUCCAGGUACCUGGGGUGGAUUCAACAGGCUAUGAAUAAUAUCUAACCAAUACACAGUACACAGUAUGCUAACUUUUCAGUCUGUAUGUCUUGAAUUGUUUUCCGAGCCGUACAAGACAGCUCUUAAUGAUGGUGAAUGAACAGUAAUAACAACAAUUAUUAUAUAAUUAUGAGGUAAUACAUAAGUUAUGGAGUUUCUCCUGAUCUUGAUGGCCUCAUCAAGCAGUACUCAAUUGUGGCUUUUAUACCUUCUUAAUUACCUGAAAUCCUUGAUUAUCCAGAGGAAUUUCAUCUAGCCCUAUACUGUUAAUACACCACAAAUUCAACCUUGAUUACAAGAACAGGGUUGCUUUAAGGGUUUAGAUACUUUAAUUUAUCCUGUUCGCUACAGUUUGAUACAGCUGUCAUUGAAGUGGUGAUUUUAAACAUCAGAAUACUGUACCAACAUGCAUGACGUGUGCUAAGCUUUCAAACCAUUUAAUUUGUGUCUUAUAAAAGCAAUCUACUAAAGGUAAAAUUCUAUGGAGACUUUCAAGAGCGAAUCAUCCCUGGACACAACAGAAAUGGUGCUUUCUUGAAGUGUCUGUAUGGCAGGUUAAAAUGUAUUCUUUGUUUGAUAUUACAUGGGUCAUGUUUAAUUCUUGUUAACCAGACACCUAAAUACUUUUCUUGUACUGUUUUCGACCCAGUCAGUAAUAAAUGUAUUCUCUUUGUUAA